AUGGUCACGAAAAAAGCUGGAAUUGUAGGGACUGUUGUUGUGAAGGGGUAUGGUACAGGUGAUGUUCAGGCAAAUGUUUCUGGAAGCAAAGGUAGUAAUUGGAAUGGUGGGAAUAACAAAAGAGGAAGCUAUAAUAGUGGUAAUAAGGGUAAUAAAGGUUGGAAUAACAGAAUUCAUAGUGGGAAUUGGGAUAAGGGGAGUGUUAGCCAUUGGAAUCAUCAAAAGAACCACGAGUUUGUUGUUGCUAAUAAUAAACCUCUCAUUGUAGAUAAGCAGGGGUAUAAUGGGAAAGAAAGUGAGGACUCUGGGAAAAAAGAGGUAGAAGUCGAGAAGGGAAAGGGUAUGAAGGGUAGCCAAAAGGAGAACAAUUUUGUUAAUACAUUGAACUGUUUUGUUGUUUUAAGUGAUAUUACUAAUGAAAUUGUGGGCAUGGUAAAGGAUGAUUUCAUGAGCCAUCGAGUUGAUUCUUCUAAGUCUGAUUUUGGUGGGCUAGAAAAUUGA